AACAACACAUAACUAUGAUCGAGACAGGAGUUGGGGACACUGUGCUUCAUUGCCCAAAGACCACUCAGAUCACUGCACAAACAACCCUUGCCAAAACGGGGGGACCUGUUCUCUCACUCAUGGCCACAGGAUGUACCACUGUACCUGUCCCGAGGAAUUCACGGGCAAGGACUGUCAGAUAAAGAAAUGUUUUGACAGCAGUCUCUAUGAGUUCUUUGAUGUGGGCAUGAGCUGGUCAAGAGUCCAACAUGGAGCUGUGGAGCAAUGCAUAUGCAUGAACGGCCAGAUCGAGUGCCAGAGUGUCGAACACAGAAGUUGUGUUCAUGAUCCUUGCAUGAAUGGUGGAGAAUGUAGAAUGGUUGCCUUCAACAUGAAAAUAGUAUGUGAUUGCAAAGGAAAUUACGCAGGGAAGUAUUGCAAUAUUGUUCCUAGACAUCGGUGCUAUGUUGGUAAUGGCACAGAGUACAGAGGUACAGCAAAGACGACCAUUUCUGGACACAGCUGCUUGCCCUGGAAUUCAGACUUGCUUUACCAAGAGCUUCAUGUAGACAGUGUGGAGAAAGCCAUAGAGCUGGGCUUGGGGCCCUUCUCUUACUGCAGAAAUCCAGAUGAUGAUGAUAAGCCGUGGUGUUACAUCAUGAAGGACAACAGUUUGUCUUGGGAGUAUUGUGAUAUUCCAUCUUGUGCAAGCAGGGAAAGGAGGCCACCCGUCCCAGACAAUGCAGAUAGUUUUGCAGUUACCAGAAGACCAUGUGGGAGAAGACACAAAAAAAGAAGUUUUGUGAGACCUAGGAUUGUUGGGGGAUCUUCAUCUCUGCCUGGAUCUCAUCCUUGGACAGCAGCUAUAUAUAUUGGAGAGAGUUUCUGUGGUGGAAGCCUUAUUCAGACUUGCUGGGUUGUGUCAGCGGCACACUGCUUUGCUAACAGUCCUCUAAAAUCAACUAUUACAGUAGUUCUGGGUCAGCAUCUAUUUAAUAGAACAACUGCCGUAACACAAACAUUUGAAAUAGAGAAAUACAUCUUGCAUCCCCAGUAUUCUGUGUUCAACCCUACUGAACAUGAUAUUGCUUUGAUUAAGCUGAAGAAGAAUGGCCAACGUUGUGCCAUCAAGUCUCAGUUUGUUCAGCCCAUCUGCUUGCCAGAAAGUGACACCGUUUUCCCUGAUCAGUUCAAAUGUCAGAUUUCUGGAUGGGGACACAGACAUGAGAAUAUAUCUGGUUAUUCAAACGUCUUGCAAGAAACACUGAUUCCAAUUAUUUCUGAGGAGAAGUGCAGAAGUCCUGAAAUUUAUGGAACAGAAAUCACUGAAAAUAUGUUCUGUGCUGGCUACUUUGAUAGCAAAUCUGAUGCUUGUCAGGGUGAUUCCGGUGGACCUCUGGCCUGUGAGAAAAAUGAAAUCUCCUACCUCUAUGGAGUUAUCAGCUGGGGAGAUGGCUGUGGCAGAGUCAACAAACCUGGAGUAUAUACACGAAUGACAAACUAUGUAAACUGGAUUAAUGAGAAAAUAGCCCCCCGAAAAGCUAGCUGA